AUGCAUCUGUACUACUACAACGACCCCGCCACCGGCGACCGCGUCUACACGCUCCAGAAGGUCGUCGACGGCCGCGUCACCAAGUCCGCCCACCCCGCCCGUUUCUCCCCCGAUGACAAGUACUCCCGGCAGCGCGUGACGCUGAAGCGGCGCUAUGGGCUGCUUCUGACGCAGCAGAACAACAAGAAGACCUCCGAGCUCUAAAUUUUCGUCGUCGCAUGAUUGAUUGAUUGAUUGAUUGAUACCUACCUACCUACCUAUCUAUCCUCCCACCUACCUACUCUGUCGACCUCCUUCUGUCGAAUUCCGCAUUGCGAAAAAUUAUGGGCUGUUUUCUUUUCCACUGUCUAUCUCUGUGUGUGUGUUGGCGGCGUUAGUGAGAAUUACACUUUACACUUCCUACUACUACUACUACUACUACUACUACUACUAUUUUCCUCUACGACAAUGCUGUAUUUGCUUGUGCGGGGUGAUUGAGAAUCGCGGGAUGGAUUGGUCCGUUGUAGGGUUCUCCCUUGUAGGGUUUUCGUGCCCGGGGUGCUGUGUAUGAUGGUGCGGGAUUGACAGGGUGGUUGGAUAUGUGGCAGGGAAAGGGAAUCAGAAUCAGGAUAUGCCGUUGUUGUAGACUGAUUUGCGUACUCGGUUGUGAGGGUUUUCGGACAG